UUUCGAUCAAAAUUAAUCGCAAUCAUCGCAUAGCAGCGACUUCGGUAUAAGCUCCCUACGGCAAGCAAGCAACAACUGAAACAUUCUCACGAGUCGGUAUGUAAUUUAUUGUGUUUAGACGAACUGUGUCGUCAUCAUUUGCGUAUGAACGCCAAUAUCCAGUCGCCUCUGAACGCAAAUCCUUGAUUCAUUCUCUUGUUCGAACCAUCCUUAGUAUUUAAAAGCGAAACGAAUUUUUUUCUGCGAAAUAUGUUUCUUCGCAUCCACACUUUGAUCGGCCUGAUCUUUUUUCUCGGUGUGUCUAUUGUUGAAGCCAACGACGAUACUGUUUCAGAUAGACGAUAUCUCCAUCAAAAUGACGAAGACAACUACGUAGCAGAUUACUAUGACGAGAAUGGUUUCGAGGAGACUGAGGGAAAUCGCGAGCUGAGACCUUACAAUUACGGUUACAGACCUUCCCUUAGACAAAGGAAUUACAAUCGUGGGUAUGGAAUGAGACAACAGUAUGGAUAUCAGGCGCCAAAAAAGAUGCCAAACCCUAAGUUUGGAAAAACCUACAAGGCUGGUAAAAGCAGCAAGAACACUCCAAAAUACAAGGGUCAGCCAGUUUACAAGCAAGUAAACAGGUAUCCGCAAAGGGGUAGCAACAGCUACUUAGGUCAGAGGCGAUGGGAACCAGUGCCAGGGGAACCAAUGCCGUUUGUCAAAACAGGGCCGAUUCCAAUCUUAAUCAUCGAUGAGCAAGGAACAUCCGGUAUGAGCGAUCAAGAAAUUCAAGAUGCUAUCAACAACGCUGAAGGCGCCGCUUUCCCACUAGAACCAACUGACGAUCCAACUCGGAGACCCACUCACAAACCUACCAAGAAGCCAUCCCCACGUCCCACCAGAACUCCCACCCGCCGUCCCACCCGUAGACCGACGCGCCGACCGACACGCCGACCCACCCGUAGACCGACGAAAAGACCAACGCGCCGACCCACCCGUAGACCGACACGAAACCCCACCGCAAGGCCCACAAACCAGCCGACUAGAAGGCCCACAAACCAGCCGACUAGAAGGCCCACCAAUCAGCCCACUGACGCGCUAUAAGAACGCUGUUCGUAUGAUUAAAUGGAAAUCGAAGUCAAUCCUUACGUAAAAUGAGAAGACAGGACAACAUAUAACCGUGGACUGUUUAUAUUUGUUUUGAGACUGGUAAUCAACUCCAUUCCUAUUUUGUGGAAUCGACACUGUGAAAUACAUAUACAUAUAAUCAAUAGAGAAAUGAGAC